CUUGCCUACUUCCGGUUCCAACCAUUUGAGACCUAAGAUGGCGGACCGGCGGCGAAGGAGGAGGCGCGCGUCCCAGGACAGCGAGGACGACGACGAGUCCGGUUCGGGUUCGGACAGUGUGAGGUCGGGCUCUCCGACGACCAAGAGUCGUGUGAGAGAUCCCGACCCGCCGGAGGUGACAGCGACCCGACCCGAGCCGAAGACCAAAGUGGAGUCCGAGUGUGAGAGUGAAGAUGGUGUCGGAGAAGCUGUCCUCUCGGACUACGACAGCGCUGAUCCGGAGGAAACCGGCUCCCAUUCAGAGGGAGUGGAGGAGGAAGAGGAGGCAGAGCAGUACAGUGACGAAGAAGCUCCAGCAGCAGCCAGCGAGCCCAAACCCUCUGCUGCAGCCGACGGCCCAACAAAGGUAGAGGAGGAGGAGGCGGCGGAGGAGGAAGAAGAAGAAGAAGAGGAGGAGGAUGAAGAAGAGAAGGAAGAGGAUGAAGAGAAGGAAGAGGAUGAAGAGAAGGAGGGAGAGGGAGGAGGAGAGAGUAAAGAGGACUGCAAAGCCGAGGAGAAAGGAAAUCUUGCCGGAGAGAGACAGAGCGGUGACGGGCAGGAGUCUACGGACGACCCGGAGACGAAGGCGGGAGGAAAACCUGGACAGAAGCUUGACGACGACGAGGACCGGAAGAACCCGGCCUACAUCCCCAGGAAGGGACUGUUCUUCGAGCACGACGUCAGAGGACACACUCAGGAGGAGGAGAGGCCUAAAGGUCGAAACAGGAAGCUGUGGAAGGACGAGGGUCGCUGGGACCACGACAAGUUCAGGGAGGAGGAGCAGGCACCAAAGAGCCGCGAGGAGCUCAUCGCCAUCUACGGCUACGACAUCAGGAACGGCGGCAGCUCCGGAGACCGGCCGUACCGGCAGCGCAGGCCGAGACAGAGUUUGUCUCCCAGCAGAGACAAACGGUGGCGAGAUGGAGGAGAGCGGCCCGUCCGGUCCUGGCAGAGUGGAGGAGGUGUGAACCGAGGAGGAGCUCCACCCUCCUCUACGUCCCCCUCCCCUGUCCCUCUGUCCUCCACUCAGCGGAGCAGCAAUCCCGCCAGACCACCUCCUCCCCGCAGCAGACCGUCCCAACCCCACCAGAAUCAAAUGCACCUCCCGCCUCAGUACAGGAAUAAUGAAUCAAACGCACCCCAGAUGCAUCCGAGAGAACGAUCGGGCCCUAAAGCUCAGUGUGAUCCCGGAGGAGACCGGGGGGUGGUCAGCAGGGGGGGGCGUGGAGGGGGGAGGGCACCCUCUGUGGUCAUUGAGGACAUUACAGUCAGCCAAGGAGGCGUUAGGGAACCGGACCUCAGUGUUGUAACGACGUCACAGCCGGGCGGUUACCCGUCUGCGUCACCGAGACGACAGCAUCAGGAACAGCGAGGGAGCGCCGACAGAUCUUCCUCCGACCCCUCCCUACAGUCGCCGGCGGCAGCGACCAAUCGGGAAGCCUCUCCUCCCACAGAGCGGCCAGUGGAGCGUAAAUCUUACUCGCUGGCUCGUAGGACUCGCUCUCGGCCCGCCGACCUGGGCAGCAAACAGCCGUCUGUGGAGGAGUCUGCAGCCGGGGGGAACUCAUCCUCCCCCGGCGGCGUGGGGGGGAAGAGCUGGACGAGUGCAGGUGACGGGUCGAGUCAGGGAGGGGGGGGGGGUCUGCCGGAGCUGGAUCAGGACGUGGCUCGACUCAGUCUGGCAGGACAGAGCUGGAGCCCGAACCAGACAUCCUACUUCCGGUCUGAGAUGAGAGGCCUCCCCAACACCAUGCACCUCCCCGGCAGCCCGCCUCACUUCUCCAGCAUUGAGGAGAUAAGUGUCGGCUCCAAUCGGGCCAAACGCUACUCGUCCCAACGUCAGAGAGCCGCGCCGGAGCCGGCACCGCCCAUGCACCUGGGAGUGAUGGAGGGACACUACUAUGAACCCAUGUCGUACCAGGGACCAAUCUACGCCCACGGGGACGGCCCCGCCCCCAUCCCGCCGCAAGGCAUGCUGGUCCAGCCUGAGAUGCACAUCCCUCACCCCGGUCUCCAUCCCCACCAAUCAGGCGGCCCGAUUGCUAACCCCGCCCUCUACGGAGGCCCGCCUGUUUCUCUGCCGCCACCAGGGCAACCACAGCAGCUGCUGCCGCCGCCCUUCUACCCUCCGCCAGGCGUCAUGACCUUCCCGUACCCCACCAUGUACCCGACUCCACAGGGUCAGGCCCAGGUGACCUAUGGAGGCGUGACGUACUACGACACCAUGCAGCAGCAGGCCCAGCCCAAGCCCUCGCCCCCCCGCCGCACCUCCCAGCCCGUCACCGUCAAGCCCCCCCCUCCGGAGUUGCACUUCGCCUCAGAGUGACCCCGCCCCCUCAUCUCCCCCCCUCCUCCCGCCACCCAGUCUCAGCCUCACUCCGGUCCGGAUGCUCAAGGAGCGGGUCAGUGCAGAGCUGCGAGCCCCAGCAGCAACCACCAUCAUGUCCGGGGGGGGGCUGCAGCAGGUGACCCCCAGCAGCUCUGCUGGAACUUUCUCCCCUUUUUAGUUUUUUUUUGUUCUGUUUCGACCCUGUAGCAGUGAGGCGGACUGUAACUCUGAUCCCAACGUGUCUUUGAGCAACAAGCUCAACUUGAACAUGUAGAAAAAAAACGUCUUAAGAUCCAGACUCCACGCGGAGGAUCGGAGUCCACGCGGAGGAUCGGAGUCCACGCGGAGGAUCGAGUCCACAACGUGUUUGUCACGCUGAAGUUUUCUGUCGGACUGAAUCCUGAAAACAGGAAAUCUAAACGGUUGGCCAGUUUGUUCUCACUACGCCAACUGGUUACUGUAAAGAGUAGAAACGGGCGGAGACAGAUCUGAUGUACGAGGGGGGGUCUCAGCUGACUCGGUGCUUCCACAUGUUACAGCUGCACUUUGAUAGUUAUGGAUGUUCUUACACUUCUCUGUCUGUCACUGACUUCUAACUGAAGCUGCACGUCAUCUUCAGCCUCGCUCGUCUUCAUCUGCAGCUAUAAAAUGUGAGAAGAUAGUGAAAAAUGUCCCAGAGUCUUUAAAUGUCUUGUGUCCAAAACCCAAAGAUAUUCACUUUAAUAUAAAACAGAAAAGCAGCAAAGCUCCAUAUUUGAGGCUGAAAACAUUUAACGGUUGAUGACACGAGUCUUUGACACGACUCGUGUCAUGCCGCGGUGAUGAUCUAUAAUAAUGUGUCAGAAGAUGCAGGCUGUUCCACCAUCUCAUCGAACAUUUAAAUCAGUGUUUAGUACGAAGCCCUGACAGGAAAGUGACGUUUGAGUUUGAUCUAAAUGUUUUUCUCUCCCGUGUGUGUGACUAAAAACACGUGAAAAAUAAAAUGAUACAAAGUUACUUUAAAAUGUCAUCUGUGAAAACGUCGGGAGAUUUAUUUCCAUCAGGAUCCUUUUUCUAAGUUACUUUUUAUUGGCAAGUGAAACACGUUUGUUGUCAGAUGACUUGUUUGUUGUUGUAAAGACUGAAGUCACAGCACCUGCUGAUGUUGGUGUUUAGACCUGGAGCCUUUAGCACACCAGGUCGUGCUGCACUUCUGCCUCUGGUGGCCACAAUGAGAAUUACAACAACAUGAUCCUGACAAACAAAAACUUCUCAGAUUUAAAAACGAUGAAGGACUUUUUUUAUUUUAUUUUCUCUUUUUAAGGAACUUUUAAAAAAUGAUCCUGCGAAACAUUUAUUUUAUGUUCCCACUUUCCUCUCCGGGCUUCCGUAGCUUUAACUCUUUAAAAUUGAGUUUGUCUGUUUAUGAUUUUCAGACGGCAGAAACAAAAGUCCGUCUGACAGAAGCUGCUGCAGGUUGCAGGCGUUUAUUGUUGCUGUAUAUAGAAACCUAAAUGUGUAUAUAGAGGCUUGAACAGAUGCAACAGAGCAGUAAACAUAUUCUAAUAAUAAUAAUAGUGCUGCACGACAGAUGGGAGUCACAGUGCAUCGGCAGGGACCUGGAAUGUUAACGCUGUACUUUAGAGACGACGGCUGUGUGGCUCUCGCUAAGAGUUGUAUUUCUUUUCCUUUUUGAAAAUGUUAAUAGUGUUUUUUUAUUGUUAGUAACUGCAGGAGUGACAUGAAGAUGUAAUUGUUUUCACACAGGCAACACUUUAUAAAACCAACUUCAUGGUGUGUUUGUCCUGCAACAGGAAGUCUGCAGAGAUGGAAGGAACCAGAAUUAAAAGUGUAUUUUUCACCGUUUCUCUUCCAGCUGUUUAUUUUACAUUAAAGUUAAAAGAAAGACGUG